AUGAGUGCCCGAAAGCUACGCAAUCUGUCUUACAAAAAGGCUGUGAGGAAACAAAAGUUGCUUGAACAGAGUAUCCAGUCUGCCCAGGAAAUUGAAAAAUCCUUGCACUUAAUUCAGGAGUCGCUUGAAUUCAUUGACAAGCAGUUGGCAGCUUAUAUUGCUGACAAGGUGGAUGCAGCUCAAAUGCCUCAGGAAGCCCAGAAAAUCCAAUCAGAUUUGACAAGUCAUGAGAUAAGUUUAGAGGAAAUGAAGAAACAUAACCAGGGGAAAGAUGCCAACCAAAGAGUUCUUUCACAAAUUGAUGUUGCACAGAAAAAAUUACAAGAUGUCUCCAUGAAAUUUCGAUUAUUCCAAAAACCAGCCAAUUUUGAACAACGUCUAGAAGAAAGUAAGAUGAUUUUAGAUGAAGUAAAGAUGCACUUGCCUGCAUUGGAAACAAAGAGUAUUGAACAGGAAGUAGUCCAGUCACAACUAAGUCAUUGUGUGAAUUUGUAUAAAAGCCUGAGUGAAGUGAAAUCUGAAGUAGAAAUGGUGAUUAAAACCGGACGUCAAAUUGUACAGAAAAAGCAGACAGAAAAUCCCAAAGAGCUUGAUGAAAGAGUAACAGCUUUGAAAUUGCAUUACAAUGAGUUGGGUGCGAAGGUAACAGAGAGAAAGCAACAGUUGGAGAAAUGUUUGAAAUUGUCCCGUAAAAUGAGAAAGGAAAUGAAUGUCUUAACAGAAUGGCUGGCAGCAACAGAUACGGAAUUGACGAAGAGAUCAGCAGUUGAAGGAAUGCCAAGUAAUUUGGAUUCUGAAGUUGCCUGGGGAAAGGCUACUCAGAAAGAGAUUGAGAAACAGAAGGCUCACUUGAAGAGUGUCACAGAACUAGGAGAGUCUUUGAAAACAGUGUUGGGCAAGGAAGAAACCUUGGUGGAAGAUAAACUGAGUCUUCUGAACAGUAACUGGAUAGCUGUCACCUCCAGAGUAGAAGAAUGGCUAAAUCUUUUGUUGGAAUAUCAAAAGCACAUGGAAAACUUUGAUCAGAACAUAGAACAAAUCACAACAUGGAUCAUUCAUGCGGAUGAACUUUUAGAUGAAUCUGAAAAAAAGAAACCACAACAAAAGGAAGACAUUCAUAAGCGUUUAAAGGCUGAAAUGAAUGACAUCAGCCAAAAGGUGGACUCCACACGUGACCAAGCAGCGAAAUUGAUGGCAAACCGCGGUGACCACUGCAGGAAAAUAGUAGAGCCCCAAAUCUCUGAGCUCAACCGUCGAUUUGAAGCUAUUUCUCACAGAAUUAAGACUGGAAAGGCCUCCAUUCCUUUGAAGGAAUUGGAGCAGUUUAACUCAGAUAUACAAAAAUUGCUUGAACCACUGGAGGCUGAAAUUCAGCAGGGGGUGACUCUGAAAGAGGAAGACUUCAAUAAAGAUAUGAGUGAAGACAAUGAGGGCACUGUAAAUGAAUUGUUGCAAAGAGGAGAAAACUUACAACAAAGAAUCACAGAUGAGAGAAAGCGAGAGGAAAUAAAAAUAAAACAGCAGCUGUUACAGAAAAAACACAAUGCUCUCAAGGAUUUGAGAUCUCAAAGAAGAAAAAAGGCGCUAGAAAUUUCUCACCAGUGGUAUCAGUACAAGAGGCAGGCUGAUGAUCUCCUGAAAUGCUUGGAUGAAAUUGAAAAAAAAUUAGCCAGUCUACCUGAACCCAGAGAUGAAAGAAAACUAAAGGAAAUUGAUCGUGAAUUGCAGAAGAAGAAAGAGAAGCUGAAUGCAGUACGCAGGCAAGCUGAGGGCUUGUCUGAGAAUGGGGCCGCAAUGGCAGUGGAGCCAACUCAGAUCCAGCUCAGCAAGCGCUGGCGGGAAAUUGAGAGCAAUUUUGCUCAGUUUCGAAGACUCAACUUUGCACAAAUUCACACUCUCCAUGAAGAAACCAUGGUAGUGAUGACUGAAGAUAUGCCUUUGGAUGUUUCUUAUGUGCCUUCUACUUAUUUGACCGAGAUCAGUCAUAUCUUACAAGCUCUUUCAGAAGUGGAACAACUUUUAAGUGCUCCUGAACUCUGUGCUAAAGAUUUUGAAGAUCUCUUUAAGCAAGAGGAGUCUCUUAAGAAUAUAAAAGACAAUUUGCAACAAAUCUCAGGUCGGAUUGAUGUAAUUCACAAGAAGAAAACAGCAGCCUUGCAAAAUGCCACCCCUAUGGAAAGGGUGAAACUACAGGAAUCAGUGUCACAGAUGGAUUUCCAGUGGGAAAAACUGAAUAGAAUGUAUAAGGAACGACAAGGGCGAUUUGACAGAUCAGUUGAAAAAUGGCGACACUUUCAUUAUGAUAUGAAGGUAUUUAAUCAAUGGCUGAAUGAAGUUGAGCAGUUUUUCAAAAAGACACAAAAUCCUGAAAAUUGGGAACAUGCUAAAUACAAAUGGUAUCUUAAGGAACUCCAGGAUGGCAUUGGGCAGCGCCAAGCUGUUGUCAGAACACUGAAUGCAACUGGGGAAGAAGUAAUUCAACAGUCGUCAAAAACAGAUGCCAAUAUUCUACAAGAAAAAAUAGGAAGCUUGAGUCUACGGUGGCGCGAGAUCUGCAAAGAGCUGGCAGAAAGAAGAAAGAGGACUGAGGAACAAAAGAAUGUCUUGUCAGAAUUUCAAAGAGAUUUAAAUGAAUUUGUCUUGUGGUUGGAAGAAGCUGAUAACAUUGCUACUACUCCACUUGGAGAUGAACAGCAGCUAAAAGAAAAGCUUGAACAAGUCAAGUUACUGGCAGAAGAGCUGCCCCUGCGCCAGGGAAUUUUAAAACAAUUAAAUGAAACAGGAGGAGCAGUACUUGUAAGUGCUCCCAUAAGACCAGAAGAACAAGAUAAACUUGAAAAGAAGCUCAAACAGACAAAUCUCCAGUGGAUAAAGGUCUCCAGAGCUUUACCUGAAAAACAAGGAGAACUUGAGGUUUAUGUAAAAGAUUUUUGGCAGCUUGAAGAGCAGCUAGAUCACCUGCUCCUGUGGCUCUAUCCUAUUAGGAACCAGUUGGAAAUUUAUAACCAACCAAGUCAACCAGGACCAUUUGACCUGAAGGAAACUGAAGUAACAGUUCAAGCUAAACAACCGGAUGUGGAAAGGCUUUUGUCUAAAGGGUAUCAUUUGUAUAAGGAAAAACCAAGCACUCAGCCAGUGAAGAGGAAGUUAGAAGAUCUGAGGUCUGAGUGGGAGGCUGUAAACCAUUUACUAAGGGAGCUGAGGACAAAGCAGCCUGACCGUGCCCCUGGACUGAGCACUACUGGAGCCUCUGCUAGUCAGACUGUUACUCUAGUGACACAACCUGUGGUUACCAAGGAAACUGUCAUCUCCAAACUAGAAAUGCCAUCCUCUUUGCUGUUGGAGGUACCUGCACUGGCAGACUUCAACCGAGCUUGGACAGAACUUACAGACUGGCUGUCUCUUCUUGAUCGAGUUAUAAAAUCACAGAGGGUGAUGGUGGGUGAUCUGGAAGACAUCAAUGAAAUGAUCAUCAAACAGAAGGCAACACUGCAAGAUUUGGAUCAGAGACGCCCCCAGUUGGAAGAACUCAUUACUGCUGCCCAGAAUUUGAAAAACAAAACCAGCAAUCAAGAAGCUAGAACAGUCAUUACUGAUCGAAUUGAAAGAAUUCAGAUUCAGUGGGAUGAGGUACAAGAACAGCUGCAGAACAGGAGACAACAGUUGAAUGAAAUGUUAAAGGAUUCAACACAAUGGCUAGAAGCUAAGGAAAAAGCUGAAGAGGUCAUAGGACAGGCCAGAGGCAAGCUAGACUCAUGGAAAGAAGAUCCUCACACAAUGGACGCAAUCCAAAAGAAGAUCACAGAAACCAAGCAGUUGGCCAAAGACCUCCGCCAACGGCAGAUAAAUGUAGAUGUGACAAAUGAUUUGGCACUGAAACUUCUUCGAGAUUAUUCUGCUGAUGAUACCAGGAAAGUACACAUGAUAACAGAGAAUAUCAAUACUUCUUGGGGAAACAUUCAUAAAAGAGUGAGUGAGCGAGAGGCUGCUUUGGAAGAAACUCAUAGAUUACUGCAGCAGUUCCCUCUGGACCUGGAAAAGUUUCUUUCCUGGAUUACAGAAGCAGAAACAACUGCCAAUGUCCUGCAGGAUGCUUCCCGUAAGGAGAAGCUCCUAGAAGACUCCAGGGGAGUCAGAGAGCUGAUGAAACCAUGGCAAGAUCUCCAAGGAGAAAUUGAAGCUCACACGGACAUCUAUCACAAUCUUGAUGAAAAUGGCCAAAAAAUCCUGAGAUCCCUGGAAGGUUCAGAUGAAGCACCCCUGUUACAAAGACGUUUGGAUAACAUGAAUUUCAAGUGGAGUGAACUUCGGAAAAAGUCUCUCAACAUUAGGUCCCAUUUGGAAGCCAGUUCUGACCAGUGGAAGCGUUUGCAUCUUUCUCUUCAGGAACUUCUUGUGUGGCUACAGCUAAAAGAUGAUGAAUUGAGCCGGCAGGCACCUAUCGGUGGAGAUUUUCCAGCAGUUCAGAAGCAGAAUGAUAUACACAGGGCCUUCAAGAGGGAAUUGAAAACUAAAGAACCUGUAAUCAUGAGUACUCUGGAGACUGUGAGAAUAUUUCUGACGGAGCAGCCUUUGGAAGGACUAGAGAAACUCUACCAGGAGCCUAGAGAGCUGCCUCCUGAAGAAAGAGCUCAGAAUGUCACUCGGCUCCUACGAAAGCAGGCAGAAGAGGUCAACACGGAAUGGGACAAAUUGAACCUGCACUCAGCUGAUUGGCAGAGAAAAAUAGAUGAGGCUCUUGAAAGACUUCAGGAACUUCAGGAAGCUGCCGAUGAACUGGACCUCAAGUUGCGCCAAGCUGAGGUGAUCAAGGGAUCCUGGCAGCCAGUGGGGGAUCUCCUCAUUGACUCUCUCCAAGAUCACCUUGAAAAAGUCAAGGCACUUCGGGGAGAAAUUGCACCGCUUAAGGAGAAUGUCAAUCAUGUCAAUGACCUUGCGCAUCAGCUGACCACAUUGGGCAUUCAGCUCUCACAGUAUAACCUCAGCACUCUGGAAGAUCUGAAUACCAGAUGGAGGCUUCUGCAGGUGGCUGUGGAGGACCGUGUCAGGCAGCUGCAUGAAGCCCACAGGGACUUUGGCCCAGCAUCUCAGCACUUCCUUUCCACUUCAGUCCAGGGUCCCUGGGAGAGAGCCAUCUCACCAAACAAAGUGCCCUACUAUAUCAACCACGAGACCCAAACAACUUGUUGGGACCAUCCCAAAAUGACAGAGCUCUACCAGUCUUUAGCUGACCUGAAUAAUGUCAGGUUCUCCGCUUAUAGGACUGCCAUGAAGCUCAGAAGACUCCAGAAGGCCCUUUGCUUGGAUCUCUUGAGCCUGUCGGCUGCAUGUGAUGCAUUGGACCAGCACAAUCUCAAGCAAAAUGACCAGCCCAUGGAUAUCCUGCAGAUAAUUAACUGUUUGACUACUAUUUAUGAUCGUCUGGAGCAAGAGCACAACAAUUUGGUCAAUGUCCCUCUCUGUGUGGAUAUGUGUCUCAACUGGCUUCUCAAUGUUUAUGACACGGGACGAACAGGGAGGAUCCGUGUCCUGUCUUUUAAAACUGGCAUCAUUUCUCUGUGUAAAGCACACUUGGAAGACAAGUACAGAUACCUUUUCAAGCAAGUGGCAAGUUCAACUGGCUUUUGUGACCAGCGUAGGCUGGGUCUUCUUCUGCAUGAUUCUAUUCAAAUCCCAAGACAGUUGGGUGAAGUUGCCUCCUUUGGGGGCAGUAACAUUGAGCCGAGUGUCAGGAGCUGCUUCCAAUUUGCCAAUAAUAAACCUGAGAUUGAAGCUGCUCUCUUCCUUGACUGGAUGCGCCUGGAACCCCAGUCUAUGGUGUGGCUGCCCGUCUUGCACAGAGUGGCUGCUGCGGAAACUGCCAAGCAUCAAGCCAAAUGUAACAUCUGUAAGGAGUGUCCAAUCAUUGGAUUCAGGUACAGAAGCCUAAAGCACUUUAACUAUGACAUCUGCCAAAGCUGCUUUUUUUCUGGCCGAGUUGCAAAGGGCCAUAAAAUGCACUACCCCAUGGUAGAGUAUUGCACUCCGACUACAUCCGGAGAAGAUGUUCGUGACUUUGCCAAGGUACUGAAAAACAAAUUUCGAACCAAAAGGUAUUUUGCGAAGCAUCCCCGAAUGGGCUACCUGCCAGUGCAGACUGUGUUAGAGGGGGACAACAUGGAAACUCCCGUUACUCUGAUCAACUUCUGGCCAGUAGAUUCUGCGCCUGCCUCGUCCCCCCAGCUUUCACACGAUGAUACUCAUUCACGCAUUGAACAUUAUGCUAGCAGGCUAGCAGAAAUGGAAAACAGCAAUGGAUCUUAUCUAAAUGAUAGCAUCUCUCCUAAUGAGAGCAUAGAUGAUGAACAUUUGUUAAUCCAGCAUUACUGCCAAAGUUUGAACCAGGACUCCCCCCUGAGCCAGCCUCGUAGUCCUGCCCAGAUCUUGAUUUCCUUAGAGAGUGAGGAAAGAGGGGAGCUAGAGAGAAUCCUAGCAGAUCUUGAGGAAGAAAACAGGAAUCUGCAAGCAGAAUAUGAUCGUCUGAAGCAGCAGCAUGAGCAUAAAGGCCUGUCCCCACUGCCGUCUCCUCCUGAGAUGAUGCCCACCUCUCCCCAGAGUCCCAGGGAUGCUGAGCUCAUUGCUGAGGCCAAGCUACUGCGCCAACACAAAGGACGCCUGGAAGCCAGGAUGCAAAUCCUGGAAGACCACAAUAAACAGCUGGAGUCUCAGUUACAUAGACUGAGGCAGCUUCUGGAGCAACCCCAGGCUGAGGCUAAGGUGAAUGGCACCACAGUGUCCUCUCCUUCUACCUCUCUGCAGAGGUCAGAUAGCAGUCAGCCUAUGCUGCUCCGAGUGGUUGGCAGUCAAACUUCAGAAUCUAUGGGUGAGGAAGAUCUUCUGAGUCCUCCUCAGGACACAAGCACAGGGUUAGAAGAAGUGAUGGAGCAACUCAACAACUCCUUCCCUAGUUCAAGAGGAAGAAAUGCCCCUGGAAAGCCAAUGAGAGAGGACACAAUGUAGGAAGCCUUUUCCACAUGGCAGAUGAUUUGGGCAGAGCGAUGGAGUCCUUAGUUUCAGUCAUGACAGAUGAAGAAGGAGCAGAAUAAAUGUUUUACAACUCCUGA